CGGUUCUCUAAGAAAGUGGAGAACUGUCUCGUAAGAAAUAAAAAAGUAAGAAAAGCAGAAAGGGCGAGAGAAGAAGAUCCGCUCGAAGGGACCUACCCACGUCAUCAUCAUCAACAGCCGCCGACGAUGACCUCACUCUUCCGACGCCUCUCGACGGUCCUCGGUCUGGGAAAGGGACGAUAUUUUAUCGGGAGGGACCUGGACCACAAUCGCUACUAUGAAUUCCCGUCGCUGGAUGGGAACAAGGAUCCGCGGAGGACGCGAAGGCUGAUCGAGUAUGCCCAGCACAAGGAGCUGGGCGAGCACGACCAGAGCCGGCUCCCGGCGCAGUGGCUCAUGUGGCUGAGACAUACGAGGCGUAGUGCGCCCAGUAUCGUGGAGCUCGAAGAGGACCAGAGGAGAAUCGAAACGACGCGGCACAAUGCCAGGAUACUGGAGCAGAAGCGGCUCGAGGAGCUGGCGCUGCUGGAGCAAAAGAAGGAGCAGGAGCAGGAGCAGGAGCAGAGACUCGCACUGGGCGAGGGAACGAAAGCAACGGAGCAUCUGCAGUAUCAGCGCGGUCCCGGUGGUGUGCCAACUGCCACUGUGACAGACUCGGGAGUUCAGAGACAGACAGAGGAGCGAGUGGGCUGGGAAAGAGAGAUCGCUGGUCAGGGCUGGAAGGGGAGCGUGGAGCAGGAGAGGACGCCGGACAUGGACGUGUGGGAGGCGUCGAGGAAAAGGGUCCAAGAGCAGCAGGCGGCGCGGGGUAAAGAUAAUUUGGAUGAACAGAGCGAGGCACAGAGCAGAAGAGCAGCUAGGAGGGCGGAGAUGCAGGUGCAAGAAGCAGAGAGGCAGCGGGCGAGACAAUACAUGAGCAGGAGCCCUCUGGAUGCCUUUGACGUCUCAUUUGAGGAAGACACGCCUACACGGAGCAACCAGGGACCUGCGGAGCUGAAGAGCCGCUUUGGGAGAGCCACGGGCCCCGGAGAGGAAUGGAGCCCACAAGCAUCGAUUCCGACGCCCAAGAGAAGAUGAGAGUGGCGUCCAUGUAAUCAGAGCCGCAGAGGACGAAUCGAUGAGAGAGGUGUUAUUG